AUGAGCGACCUACUCAAAUACAUCCUCAACAAUGAGGAAGCGUUCCGCAGAAACCGCCUCCCAUCCCUCUACUCCGAUUUCACACCGCAGAAGAAAACAAACCCAGACGGCUACGCCGUCAACGUCGCCGCAUGGGAACAAGCACUCAACCGAGCCGCGAAGCGCGGCUACACAUCCUCCCGCGGAAUCCGCAUACGAUCCGGGUCGAAUAUCUCAGCGAAGAACGAUAGUUCAGCAUCGCCACCAGCAAAGCGAAAGAAGACGGAUCACCUUAUUCUGCGGACAGAUGAGUCCUUGCUUAGGGAUUUGGAGAGUGCUGAGUGGGGGAGACCUGUUGCGCUGGGCACUGUUUUCGAUGAGGCAAUGCACAAACGCUCUAUGAUCCCUUUGCCGGUUUACAAGACUACUGCUGGGCUUUUGCAGAAGAGUCAGUGGAGGGUUAUUGAUCCUGGUGUUUUGAGUCCGUGGAAUGUUAUGAGUUGGGGUGUUAGGCAGCUUAAGGGGUUUGUUGUUGGUUUGGAGAGUGAUUCGGCGCCGAAGUUGCAGGUGCAGGAGUUGGUUUUGGUGGAGAAUUUGCAGGAAACAGCAGACUUGGCCGUGAAGAAGGCUACUGGCGGCAAUUGCUCGAAACUGGAUCUAAUAUACUCGAAAGAAAGCUUUGUUGAGGAGUUUGCAGGUAUACUGAAUGAUGCGACAGAGUUAUCAGAUGCCGAUUUUGAUAUUUUAUUGCUCUAUUUGUCCCGCGACAGCGGUGCUAUUGCAUAUGAUGGCAAGACAAUCAAGUUCAAAUCCGCAGGCGAGAUGCCAGAGAUUACACAACAAGACACAACCAUUGCGUCUAUCAAGACGUUGGUAGCGACGAUGUCUAAGCAGGUCACGAAUUUGGAGGCUAAGAUCAUCGAGCUGAACACAUCUGCGAAGACAGCACUGGCAAACAAGAACCGAGUUUCGGCGCUAGCCGCUGUGAGGUCAAAGAAGAUGGCUGAACAGAACCUCAAGCAGAGACUUGACACUCUUAUGCAGCUCGAAGAGGUCUACGCCAGAAUCGAACAAGCUGCCGGUCAGAUCGAGAUUGUGCAGGUCAUGCAGGCAAGCACUGGGGUUCUCCGUGGUCUUCAUACACAGAUUGGUGGCGCCGAAAAGGUUGAGGAUAUCGUUGAGGAGUUGCGUGAGGAGAUGACCAAGGUGGAUGAGGUCGGCAGCAUUAUGAACGAAGCCGGCCCGGUCAUUGAUGAGGGAGAGAUUGAUGAGGAGCUUGAAGCCCUGGAGAAGGCUGACAGGGAAGUGCAGGAGAGGGAAGAAGCAGCAGCCACUGAGAGGAGACUGGCCGAGCUGGACAGUGCCAAGCAAGCCUCCGACGAAGCUACCCGGAAAGCACAGGCGGCCAAGAAUCUGGAGUCUGAGCUUGCAGGCAGCAUUGAAAGACUUUCCAAUAUGUCUGUUGAAGAUCGCCCGAUGCCAGCGAAAUAG